AGGACGGAGAGCCCGGAGGACAAAUCCUCCUGUGAGAACCUGGUGGGAGAGGCCGUUUUGAAGGGCUCCACGGCGCAGGAAGGCAGCGGGGAGGAAAAGGGCCAGAGAUCCCCCCGCGGGAGGGGCUCCAAAGCCAGCCCAGGGUGCUCUGAGGAGGAAAGACCCAGCCUGUGCUGGGAAGGCGGCCAGAGCUUGAGGCAGAGUUCCGACCUGAUGGUUCCUGAGCAGCCUCCCAGCAGGCAGAAGCCCUUCAGGUGCUUGGAAUGUGGGAAGAGCUUCAGGAAGAGCACCAACCUCCUCAAGCACCAGCACAUCCACACUGGGGAACGUCCCUACACUUGUAGGGAAUGUGGGAAGAACUUCAACCAGAGCUCCACCCUGAUGCGACACCAGCUCAUCCACACUGGGGAACGGCCCUACCCGUGUGGGGAAUGUGGGAAGAGCUUCAGGCACCACUCCAGCCUCUGCAAACACCAGCGCAUCCACACUGGGGAAUGGCUCUACAUGUGUGGGGAAUGUGGGAAGAGCUUCAGGUACAGCUCCGACCUGAUCCAACACCAGCGCAUCCACACUGGGGAACGGCCCUAUUUGUGUGGGGAAUGUGGGAAGAGCUUCAGGAACAGCUCCCAUCUCUGUGCCCACCAGCUCAUUCACACUGGAGAACGGCCCUACACGUGUGGGGAAUGUGGGAAGAGGUUUCCGACCAGCUCCAGUCUCCUCCUGCAUGAGCGGACGCACACGGAUGAGAGGCCCUUCCGCUGCACCGACUGUGGGAAGGGUUUCAAGCAGAACUCCCACCUCGUCACCCACCGUCGCAUCCACACUGGGGAACGGCCCUACAAGUGUGGGGAGUGUGGGAAGAGCUUCACCCAGAGCUCUAACUUGAUCUCACACCAACAGACCCACCAUCAAGAGAAACCCUACCAGUGCCCUGAUGGUGGGAAGAGCUUCAGCCGCUGCUUCCACCCGAAAUGA